CUAUGUUCUCGUCUUCUUCCUCCCUCCUCCUCCUCCUCCUCGGGAUGUCUUCCUGCUUCAGCUAAUCAUCUCUCUCUCUCUCUCUCUCUCUCUCUAGAGCUUGUACUGUGUUCUGCAAUAUUAAUAUCAAAAACCUUUUCAGCCUAUAUAUAUACCCUUACACAUGCAACUACUCUCUUGCACUCAAACUUCCUAGCUGAAACUAUUACUCCCACUGGUUCUCUCUCUCUCUCUCUCUCUCUCUCUCUCUCAAACAUGGCUGAAUUAGAUUAUUGCCAAACCAAAAGCAGCCCCGGCGCUGCCGCCACGCGCUUAAAGCUCUUCGGCUUCAACGUCUCCGAUGAGGAAGACUCAGCCGUCAGCGACCCCAUUACUGUUGGCGCGAACGGCGGCGGCGGCGGCGGAGGCGGCAAGGCCACGCCGUCGGGCUCGCCGGAAGGCAGCGUCCCGGUGGGGGGCGGCGGCGAGCGGAAGUACGAGUGCCAGUACUGCUGCAGGGAAUUCGCCAACUCGCAGGCCCUGGGGGGCCACCAGAACGCGCACAAGAAGGAGAGGCAGCAGCUCAAGCGCGCCCAGCUGCACGCCAGCCGGAACGCCGCCGUGUCGUCGCUCGUCCGGAACCCCAUCAUCUCGGCCUUCGCUACGCCGCCGCACCUGCUGGCCACCGUGGGGCCGGUGGUGGUGACGGGGGCGGCGCCCACCUCCCCGUCCUGGGUUUACGUUCCGCGUGGCGCCCCGCCCUUCCAAGUGUCGCACGGCUGCGUGUUCACGACCGGCCAGGGAGGGGGCGGGAGGUCGCCGGGGGGUCUGGUGCCGUACGGCGGAGGCGCGGGCGAUUCCACGGGGUCGCAAGUUCAAAAUCAGGUCAAUGGGAGAGCGGUCCUCGACGGGCUUUCGUUGAGCAAGUUUUCGAAAGGAAGCGGUGGCGGAGGGCCUGGUUUUGACGACGCUUUGGGGCUUGACCUGCAUCUGAGACUAGCUCCGGCCGCACCGUGACCGGAGGACUCGGGUCCACUCAGCUAGCUUCGCGGGGAUAAAUUAGGCUUGAAUCGUGUUGGGAUAAUCUAGAAGUGCAGAUUCGAGUUCAGGUUCCGGUUCGGUUCGGAAAUAGGCAGACGGGGUCCUUUGUACAUCUCUCUUUAAGGAAAUUAAUUCGAUUAAUUAAUUUUUUCUACUCUUCCA